AUGUCCCGCGCCUCCUCCUCCACCACCGCUGCCGCCGAGGCCGACACUUCAGACAUGACUCUCGACUUAGCCCUCGAGGCGGAGCGCACCUGCGCCUGCCACGACCCCACUGCCUGCGGUAGCAACGGCCCCUCGACCAGCUGGUCGAUGUUCUGUGGGCACCUGGUCGACCAGUUCUGCGUCGAGCGCGCGAUCAUGGCUGCUCCUAUGAUGUUUUCUGCUUCUUCUCGGUCCCAAGAGCCGAAUGACGAGCUGUGGCGCCUCCCGUGCGGCUGCACGGUCACGUGGGAGUUGUUCCUCAGGAGCAUGCGCGCGUACCCCGUGCCUGCGCCGGAGAAGCUGAAGAUGUCGCCGACGGCGAAGAGGGUUGCGAAGAAGAAGGUGCAGGUAAAGAAGGAGAAGAAUGAGGAGGAUGGCGUUGCGGGGUACGCCGAGAUGGUCGAGAAGAUGAAUACGCGCAGGAACGUCAAGGUCAAAAAGGAGGCGAGCGUCGAGGUCGAGAUUGUCGUCAAGAAGAAGCCCUUGAGGAAUAGGGCGGUUAGCGUCAAGAAGGAGGUUAAAACCGACUCUGAUCAGGAGGAUGCUGGCUAUGUUAGCGAGUGGAUGGACGAAUAG